AUGAAGGUCGUAGCCAGCUUCGUUGAGUCCAGAUCCUCACUUAUUGUUGAAGGUGUCCACUUAAGUGUCAAUGUUUUGAUGAAAGUCGUUUCAUCAUUUCCAAAUGUCGUUCCUUUCCUUAUUUACAUCAAGAAAGAGGAUUUCCAUCGUCAGAGAUUUGCUGUCCGUGCUAAAUACAUGACCACAGACCCAGGACAGAACAAAUACAUCUCUAAUUUCGAUGCAAUCAGAUCUGUUCAGUCAAGUCUUUCAAAAGGAGCUUCAGAACACCUUAUUCCUAAGAUAGACAACAGAAACAUCGACAGAUCCAUCGAAACAAUGCACCAAACCCUCUUUUCCUACCUCAAAAAACUCGAAGGAAGACAAUCGAUGUUUGAUCCGAAAACAGAAAAAUUAACAUUUCUCGAUAUGAUUUGGAAACGUCGCAAACAGAAAAUGACGUCCAAAGCUAAGACCCUCAAGGCCAUAUCGAUGUUAACUACAGGAGGAUCAGCAGAUCUCGUUACAGGUGAAGAGCAAACACUUUCACAUUCUCUCCAGGAUUUGCUCGAAAGUUUGCCAAGUCCUGACAAAGUUUUCAGAGAUUCACAGGGCGGAAACGACAUCAGUUUCAACUCGUACGGAACAAUGUUGCUUGGAAAUGUCGACAUACAAGAGGAUGACGGCAUGGAUUUGACCACUCCUCCUGUUCCUGUUCCUCCUCACAACAGAGUUUCGCCUUUCUUCAUCGAACAGAAAAUUAACGAUGACUCGAAUGAAGAACAGGAGGCAACUGAGACUGAGGCUGACCCUGUCGAACUAACUCUCACGGACUUCGCUGAAACAACUGACACUGAGACUGGUGAGGCCCUGAUUAUGAGCAACGGAAGAUUCGUUGUUAGAAACUAA